ACGUAUUAAUACAUUUGAAAUCUUUAUCGGCUUUCAAAGACUAAACAGAUCGAAAAUUUCAGCUCAUACAAAGAUUAAUUUUCUUGAAAAAUAUCAAUUCUCGCAAAAUACUCUAAAUAAAACAAUUGCAAAAGAUAAAAUGGCGAACCCAAAGAGACCAAUGUGGAUUCUUUUAGUAUUGGUAAUUGGAUUACUAGGCAUAAGUGGGAGCCCAUCAAAUUCUCGGAGUGAGAAAGUUUUCCCGUUGAAUAGGAGUGAAGCUCUAAAUAUAGCUGUUAUUGGAGCCGGAGCGGCUGGUCUUACUAGUGCAAAAAAUGCUCUUGCACAAGGACACAAUGUGGACAUCUUCGAAAAGACAGGUGCGCUCGGUGGGAUUUGGUAUUAUACCGAUGAUAUUGGAAAAGACGAAUACGGCGCAACAAUACAUACCCCGAUGUAUCAACAACUAAGAACGAAUACACCGUAUCAAACUAUGGAGUUUCCAGACUUUCACUUUCCGAAAGAUACACAAUCCUAUCCUUCACACGAUGUCGUAUGGAAAUAUUUGGAUUCGUAUGCCAGACAUUUUGGUGUGGAAGAACGUAUUAAAUAUCAUCAUUUAGUUGAAAAAGUUCAUUCGAUUCCAAACGAUAAAUGGCAAAUUACUGUCCUGAAUUUGCUCAAAAAUAUAUCCGAAACUUAUAUCUAUGAUGCUGUUUUUGUUUGCACAAAUAUAUUUUCCUCGCCGCGUAUUCCCAUCAUAGAAAACUCUGAAGAAUUCAAGGGAAAGGUUAUGCACAGCCGCGAUUACCGUAAACCUGAAACAUUUGCUGGAGAAAAAGUUUUGGUUAUUGGCGGAGGACCAUCAGGAUACGAUAUUUAUAUUCAAGCCUACCAGUUUGCCAAACAAGUAACUUAUAGUUUUCGUAUGCCUACUACUGCAGUAUCUUCAAUGGAAGAAAAUAUGGAAACGGUAAUGGAUUUGCUCAACGAUUACCCAUUGAAGGGCAAUGUUAAGCGUUUCACAGCCAAUGGAGCUGAAUUUGAAGACGGAUCACGUCGAAAUUUCACAGUAAUCAUUUAUGCAACAGGCUAUAAGUAUUCAUAUCCGUUUUUGGAUGAAAGUGUUGGCAUUCAUGUUGAAGACUAUUAUGUGGCUCUAUUGUACAAGCACAUUUUUAACGUUAACCGUCCAACAAUGGCUUUUAUCGGGGUUCCUAACAGUGCGGCACAUAAUCCGAUGUGUGAUUUGCAGGCUCGUUUUGCACUGAAAUUCAUUUCUGGGCUAAAGCAAUUGCCAUCAAAUGAAAAGAUGUUGAAGGAUAUGCAAUAUCAAGCUCUCGUUCGCCUAUUUGAAGGCUAUCCUCAAAAUAGGCCUCAUUUAUUGGGUGCAGGUCAAAGAGAUUACUAUAAAGAUCUUGCAAACACCGCAGAAAUCGAAAGUAUACCAGAAGUCAUAACCGAUAUAUUUAAAGAUUCAAUUUUGAAUUCAAAACUCUUACAUUAUUAUCGUAACAUCAAAUAUAUUAUAAGCGAAGAUAUGAGCACAUUUUUGAGGGUGACCGAAGAAAAAUCAGAACUCAAGACUGCUACAGAAGCUCCAACUAAAAAGCGGCCAAGAUUCGAAAACAGUCCAAGCCAAAAAAAUAUAAAGAAACGUAAAACUGAUUAACAAUAGUUUUUUUUGACCGCAAUCCUAUGUACACAUGUCAAAUUAAAAAAAAAUAGAAUAAAAAAUUUGGAACCAAAUUAUUCUAACAUCAAA